AAUCGCAUAUUUUAGUAGCAGCUCAGCCAACAGAUCAGCAAGCACAUGGUCAUGGUCGCCGCAUGUACAUAAACAAAAGCAAAAUUUUUUUAUUCCAUAGUUUCUAGACAUUUUUUGACGUCAAAUUAGCGAAAAGGUGAUUCUAAAACAAUGUCUGAAGCAACUAAGAGGAAACACGUUUUCCAGGAGUUGCAGGAUCCCGAUUUUGAGAUUGCCCCUGGACAAGAAAUCGCUAAAGUAUUGGCUAGCAAAGGAAAUAACCUGCACGAGGUUUCAUCGGAAAGUGGAAAAACAUUUUUGGCUUCGAUGCCAACAAAAUACCGAAGAAAUGUCUGGAUAAAAAGAGGUGAUUUUGUUGUGAUUGAGAGGAUAGAAGAGGGCGUCAAAGUGCAAGGAGAGAUCGUCAGAAUUUUGUACAAAGACCACGUUGAGCAGCUGAAGAAAGACGGUGCGUGGCCUGAAGUGUUUUCAGAAAACACUAAACUAGAGGAACCUUCAGAGGCGCAAAGUGAUUCAGACAGUGACCUUUUCGUCAACACGAACCGACGGCAACCGGUCUGCAAAUCUUCAGAGAGCAGCUCUGACGAAGAGGAAGAAUCCAAGUGAACCACUUGCAACCACCCUUUCUCCUGCCUCGUUUGCUCACUUCUCAAAAUAAACAAAUUUAUAUUGCAUUGAAUGAACAAUUUAUAAAGAUAUCUUCGUAAAUUUUUUAAUAUAAAAAUUUAGAAGAAUCAUUUCAAUGAUCGAAGAUUACAAAAGGGCUUAAAAUUUAAAUCUAAAGCUUAAAUACUUGUAAAUCAAAAAAUUUAUGUAAUAGGUUGUUGAUUUCAUUCUGAGAAAAAGUCUUGCCAGUGUUUGCUUUCAUUUAGAAUUAUGGACUUCAAACGGGACAAGAAGCAAAACCAAAAUUUCGCAAGGCCAAAAAUGCCCAUUGGAAUGGAGAACCUGAGAGGUUGGAGGAAAACAUGUCUGUGGAAGCUCAGGUGCCGGAGAAAAAGAAGAGAGCGCACUGAUGGCUCAUUGGUGAAGAGCCCCCAAGAAGAGAAGGAGUAAAUAUGCCACCAUGAGCAAGGAACUGUUUGGCUCCGACUGCAGUGAUCUUGAAUCUGAUGAUGAUGUUCCAGUUGUUGAUCUUCCAAAGGAGAAGAAAAGACAACACCAAGGAAAGAAAGCCAUCCAAGCUUCAGCAGCUGAAGGCCAACAUGGAGGGAACAACUGAUGAUUCAGCUAAGCUGGUCUCUGAAAUAGCUCAAGGAACAACUGAUAGCACUGUCAGAAUGCUCCAUCAUGCCAACAAAUCAAGAAGAAGGCUGCUGAGAAAGAGGCAGAUGAGCAUGAAAAGGUUCCCACAUUGACGACCAAUUUUCUCUGAAUAUUGAAAAGCCAAACCAUGAAGAAGAAAUCUCCGAGCAAGAGGAAGUUGCUGCAGCCAAAGCGAUCAAGGCCUCUGGACUCACAGCGGAGGACUAUUUAAAAAUCCAAAAAUUUUGUAUUGAUCAUUUUUGCGCUUAGAAACUCAUUAAAUUUAAUUAAUAUUUCUAAGAAAAUUUAUUUUCAUU